AUGUUAGCUGCAAGAAAUGGCUGACAGCUUGGAGCUUGUAUGACUGCAGGCAUUGAUGCAGACAGAGCACUGCCCCACGUCAGGUCUAUUGCAUCCAUGUUACUGUUCAGUGACAUAUGCAUCAGAACAUUAACCUUUCAAAAACAGUCUUUUUCCCUGCUUUCAUAUGCAAGAUGGAUUUUGCACCAAUAACAAAAAGCACUCUGGAGAUUAAUUUUACACUGGUUCUGUCUAAACAUCAAUGAUUCUGACCAUUAAAUCAUUCGUUCCAUGUGUGUUCUUACAGUUGUUGUGUCUCCCCAGGACUGACUUUCCAUGAUGUUGAGAGGAGUCGCUCACAGUGCAAAAGACACAUUCACUCUUCUGUUGUCAAGAUCUCAGAGCUGUAACCUGGGACUAAAGUUUUCAUCAGUAUGGCCUGACAGAACAAACAGAAGCUUCCUAAUACAUUCCAGUUACACAACUGAUACAAAGUCAAGAGAGGAAAAUAAAAAAACCCUUGAGAAUCUCUACAGUUUGUCAGUUGACAUCACGAAGAUACGCAGACUGAAAGAAUGGGUUCUCCUCCAGGAUGUGGCCUAUGUUAAAGAAAUUGCUGGUAUCCUACAGGAAAUGGGAGCAGAUGAGACCACUGUAGCCAACAUUAUAGAACGCUGCCCUGAGGCAAUUCUCCACACCCCAGCAGAGAUAAAGUCUCAAAGAGCUUUAUGGCAAUUAGUAUGCCAGAAUGAAAAACAGCUGAUUAAAUUAAUAGAGCAAUUUCCAGAGUCUUUUUUUACUACUGAGUAUCAGCAGAACCAGAAGGCAAACAUACUGUUUUUUCAAGAGCUGGGACUUAAGAAUAAUAUAAUCACCAGGUUCUUAACAAGUGCACCCAAUAUUUUCUACAACCCUGUUGAGAAAAACAAAAAUGUGAUAGAGACAUUACAAAGAAAUUAUUUAAAUUUAGGGGGUUCUGCAGCAAAUAUGAAGAUCUGGAUACUGAAGCUAUUGAGUCAAAAUCCAUUUAUUUUAUUAAAUACUUCCACUGCAAUCCAGGAGAACUUGGAAUUUCUCCAAAAGAAUGAUUUCACUGACCAGGAAGUUCUACAGCUGCUGUCCAAACUUAAAGGCUUCAUUUUUCAACUUAAUUCUACCACUAUGCAGAAGAGCAUGCUUUUCUCCAAAAACAUCUUCAAAUGCAGUGAUCAAGAACUGAAACAACUAGUGCUGAAAUGCCCAGCCCUUCUCUACUAUUCUGUUCCAGUUUUGGAAGAAAGACUGGAAGGAUUACUGAAGGAAGGAAUUUCUAUAGCACAGAUUAGAGAGACACCAAUGGUGCUGGAGUUGACAACACAGAUCGUUCAGUACAGAAUUAAAAAGCUCUCUGCAUUAGGAUACGAUAUAAAGAGUGGAAAUCUAGAAAGCUUGAAUGGUACUAAAAAAGAUUUUGAAGUCACUUAUGGAUUCGUUUGCAAUAAAACCCCAGGAAAUCUCCCAGUCACCAAAACACUGUAUUGCUGAAAUCCUCAUCUUUUGAUGGUGACUGUGGACCAGCCUGUGAGUAAGUCUUUCACUGCCUAGAGAGCAGUCAGGCAUACAAGCUGCCUUCAUAAACAUUUCCCCUUUUGGAACAGGGACUGGAAAAAGGAAAGUGAAAUAAAGCCACCACAAAAACAAUCCCAAGACAAAAGAAGAACCUCAUUCCCCCGGAAAAUUUCAGUUCCAUAUUCCAUUCAGCUCACUAUGAUCUUAAAACUGGGUAUUCCCAAGCAUCAUUGACCAGGGCAAAAGAAAAUUAGUGCAAAGAAUGUUGUGCUGCAUCUGUGCACAGCUUACACACUGAAGUUACAGCUUUUGUUAAGAGCUGUUUGGUGCUAAGUAGAUAUAAAUAAAAGAUGCUCUGGAGCAUGGUACUGUGGGAAGAUUUAUACCUAAGUACGCCUUUCUCCACAAAACUAAGGAAGCUUUCAAAUGUCUGAAACAGUAACAAUUUAAUGUUUCACAGGUGCCAGGACAGAAUUGGAACAGUUUUUAAGAUGAAGCAAGUUUCAUAAAUGAAAACACACAGGAUAUAGGACAAAGCUCUUUGAAAACUAAAACCACAUGCCAUGUAAAAGUGUUUCAGUUACAAGACUCAAAAUAAUAGCUACAGGAUAUGUUAAGAACAAAAUAUAAUGAAGUGUUGGCAACUCUUUACAUACCUAACAUUGCUUAUCUCAGACCACACUUGUUUUACUUCAAGUUUCAUAGUUUAAAAUUAAAGAAUUUAAUAAAAAAAUGGGUAUGACCAGUUCAACAUUCCCAUUUACAGAAAAACUGUAGGAAGAGUUUGUGCUCCAAACAGGUGACUCCUAAAGAGUUCAGUGGCAGCACUUGGGGGAUACUGCUACAUUGGAAAUUGCAGGGGAGGAGACCAUACUAAGUUAUAUGCUGCAGCAAGAUUGCCUCUGAUAUCCAGGCUAGCUCAUUUCUAGAGCUAACUGCUACCUCUAAACAAUACUAUAUUCUAUGCAAUUUGCUCUUGACUAUAAAAACAUAGUUAAAGCCUUCCAUUUGUUGCAUCAACUUACCUCAUUACACCCUUGCAGCAGAUCAGAACCAAGCAGCUGGUGCAUCUAACAGAAGGAGCAGAUGCCAUUUCUUGGCCUUUUGCUCUCCCCACCGCCCCAAGUUCCCAUGCUUACAAGUAUCAUGCUUCCAACAGAUACGAUUUCUGACAUAAAAUAAAGUUCUUACAGAGUGCAGCUGAAGUACCAAUGGCUCAGAGACUGGAUGACUACAGUACCCUAACUGAGACAUGGUAUAUUCCCAACAUCCAUGAACAGAGGACUAAGUUUGACAAGUGAUAUGUUUCAGGUUUUUUU